AUGGUUUCAACGGAGAAGACAGAUGACGCCCAACCACCUUCACCCAGCUUGGUGCCCGAACAAGAAAAUGAACAUGUACUCCCGGAAAAAAGAGUCAACGGGGGCCUUGAUGCUUGGCUAAAUGUCCUCGCAGGUUUCUGUGUUUUUGUGAACUCAUGGGGCCUGUUGACCACUUAUGGCGCGUUUCAAGAGUAUUACCAGACAGUCCUUCUAUCAAAUGAGACACCAUCCACAAUCUCAUGGGUGGGCAGUAUCCAAGGCACUCUUAUCCCAUUAGUCGGUCUUGCUACGGGGCCUUUAGUUGAUGUGGGAUACUUGCGCCCUCUAAUUCUGGCCGGAAGUUUCUUGACUGUAUUCGGAAUGAUGAUGACCAGUCUCGCCACUUCCUACUAUCAGGUAUUGCUCGCACAAGGAUUCUGCGUCGGAAUGGGAGGCGGCAUUUCCUACAUCCCAGCCCUCGUCGUGAUCUCCGCCAGUUUCACCACCAAACGCCCAAUUGCCAUCGGCUGCGCUUCAAUCGGGUCUAGCGUGGGGGCCGUCAUCUUCCCCAUCAUGUUCCGCCAACUGCAACCUAAAAUCGGAUUUCCAUGGGCUGUCCGCAGCAUCGGCUUCAUCAGUCUGUUCCUUGCUAUCAUAUCAUGUGUAAUUCUAUGUCGAAAACCAGGCCAAAGAACCCAUGCAAGAAGUCUGAUCGAUUGGAGCGCCUUCCGCGAGCCCUCGUUCAUGAUGUUCUCGCUCUCACUCACGUGUGUCAUGCUCGCAUAUUACGUGCCAAUUUUCUAUAUCGCCUCCUACGCCCGUACGGUCGUGCAUACCAGCACCGAUCUUAGCUUCUAUAUGGUUGCCAUUGUCAACGGCACGUCGGUCAUCGGUCGUGUCGUCCCAUAUCUGCUUGUCGCAUAUAUCAAGCCCAUUGGGAUUUUGAUAUUUGCCGUGGUAGCGUCGGCGAUUGCGAUGUUCACAUGGAUCGCGGCUACUGGUAUGGCUGGCUUUAUGGUCUGGGCAUGCUACUGGGGAGCUCUGAGUGGUGUGUUGGUCACGGCGCCGACUUCCAUUGUGGCGCAUCCGAUUUUCUGUCCGGAUUCGAGCUUUCUGGGGACCCGUUUGGGUAUGAUGUGGGGGAUAUCGUCUUUCGGGUCGCUUGCUGGGACUCCGAUUGCGGGUGCUUUGGUAAAUCUUGAGACCGCGGAGUUUUUGCGUGCUCAGGUUUUUGCAGGGUGCAUGAUGGUUGGUGCUGUCUUGCUGCAGGUUUGGCCAACUUUCAGGGUGGCUCGGUAUGAUCUAGAGCAUCCUCGUAAAAAAUAA